AUGGAACCAAAUCCUAUUCAAAAUAUUCUUCAUACUACUGCUUUAAAAGAGCUACCCAAAUUUACUGGUGAUCCUAAUCAGAAAGUUACUCAGUUUAUUAAUGCUGUUGAACACAUUGGCAGCUUCGCUGGAUUGAAUGAAUCGAUGUUACAUUCUCUCGCUACUAUUAAGUUAGAAGGAUCUGCCUUUAAUUGGUAUCAUAACAAUCAAGCACAUCUACAAUCAUGGCGAGAUCUAAAACAACAUCUUCUUGAACGCUUUAAACCAUCUCUUUCUGCUACCAAAACGCGACUGAAGGAAAGAAAACAACAACCUGGUGAAUCACUUGACGCCUACUAUGAUGAUAUCAUUGAUUUAUGUCAACAAGUUGAUCAUAAUAUGCCGCUGCAUAUGAUCGUUGAUUAUUUGCAAGAUGGUAUUCGUAAUGAUUUAAAAAUACACGUCAAACGUCGCCUCAAAAUGCUCAACGAUGAACCAACACCAGCUAUUUUUUUGAAGAUCGCUCGUGAUGAAGAAGAAUUACUAAAUGAAAUUCCUUCUGAAACACAACAAUCAAUCAUUUCACCACAACCCUAUUUUGCAUCUGUUACCGCUGCCACUGGAAAACAACGACAAAGCUCUGAAACUUCUCUUCACUCACAAAUCCCUCAAAAUACUCGUAUCACUGAUUACACACACACUCUUAACAGAUCACGCGCCUAUCGUCCUCGUUCAACACAACUAAAUCAAUUCUCUCCAUGUUUAAUUUGUCAACGAUCGAAUCAUCGUACUAUCGACUGUUAUCAUAAACAACCACGUGGUUGUUACAAAUGUGGUAACCAUAACCAUAAUAUUCGUAAUUGUCCCCAGGUUUUUCAAUAA